UAAUAACGUGUGAGUGAAAGCUAAAAGAAAGAAAGGAACGAAAAUAAUCGUGAAGUAGUUGAAAGUAACGUAUAGCAAGGAUGUGGGAAAAAAUCGUUUAUGGACCAUAGUUCCGUCGAGCCACCGGCAUGAAUUAUUAUAUAAUUAAAGAAGCAUAUAAUUGAAUUAGAAUAAUAGCUACAACAUUUCCAUAUCUUGAUACACGUAGCAGCAGAGGCAGUAUAUCGAAAAAACAUCAAUUAGCGUUACGCAAUAACCUGCCGAUUCCCGAAAUUCUCUUAAUUGUUACUUUCGUACGUACAUCAUAUUUACUAGUCAAUGUACCGUUUUUUUGUUUGUUUUUGUUCCAACUUAUUUCUUUCUGUUUCUGGGAAGGCGUGUAGUUGGUUAUUUGCUUAGGGAUAAAUUGCGUUCCAAAGAGACACAUACAGAGAGUACGUCGAAUGGGAAAUGACUCAAUUGAACUCAAUUCCCGCCGAUGUGAUGCUAUUUCAAUUAACUUCUUCUCGUUCUUAUUUUUCUUUUUUUUUAUUGAAUGGAACUUCCAAUCAGUUGUGACGGUAAUCUUAGAAGUGCGGCCACCAAAUAUUGUUCUCACCUUUCCGGAUUGUGGACCGUGCUAAGACUCAGCUGGUCUUCCUCAUACAUCUCUACUGGCAGGACGCAGCGACUGGCAUCGACUACUGAUCGCCGCACGUUUGUUUUCGCGACAACGACGAACCGAAAGAAAUGCUGCAAGAGUGAUUCCUCUGUGUCCUUUUUUUUAAUUUACUCUUUUUUUCACAACUUUUCUGGUUGUUUUCUUUUCCCUUUUUCGUUCACCUUUUGUUGCUAUUUCCAAACGACCGUCGCGAACGAAUGCUGUAAAUUAUUCAACGUGCUUACUUAUUGAUAAAUCUAUACACGCGAUUUCCAGUGUACCACCGUGGCCCCCGUGCCACUACCGCAGUUGCCGCCUACCCCCACAAAGAUGAAACCAUACCGUUCCAGGCAGUUCGCCCUUAAGAAGCUACGCCCAAUUACUGCCUUCUUCAUGGGAUUUGCCACUGUUAUACUAUUGAUUUACAUGGACAACAAAGCUCUCAGGCAGGUUAACAUGACCCAAGAUUACGAGCUGCUUGGUGUCAGCCAGGAUGACCCAGAAUUGAUAUCCGCAAUCAAGCAAUACUUCUUAAAACCAGGUGUAGAGCCACACCACAAACCCAUUGAAUACACAGCUGAAUCUCCUUCUGAGCACAUAGAGUAUUUACUGAAAAUACUAAAUAAUAAGAUGAAUGGGAACUUUGUUGAAGCUGGAGCUUAUGGAGAUGGGAAAACAUCAGAAACUGAGUGGCUUGAGAAGAAAUUAUCUUGGAAAGGUCUGCUGGUCCAGACUGAUCCCAUGAAUUUCUUCAAUCUGAAGAGACACAAUCGCGCGAAAUCUCAGGUGUUGCAUGGCUGCUUAAGUCCAGUUCCAUACCCUAAAGAAGUAACCUACCAUCAGGAAGAAAGAUUUAGAAAUUUAUUUAAUACGCGCAUCAAGUGUUUCCCUCUCUACUCGCUGCUUCUGGCCAUGAACAUGACCAAAGUCGAUUACCUGAGUCUGGAAACCAGAGGUACAGAGCUACAGGUUCUCGAGACCAUACCUUUUGAACGGCUACGCAUCGACGUUAUCGAUGUACACCUGCUGGUGAACGACGGUGAAAAGAAUAUCAUCAAAGAGUUUUUAGCCACCAAGAAUUACACGCUCAUGCAGGUUUUCAACACGAGCAACAUCUACAAGUUGAACGUGGUUUAACCAUGAGAACGAUAUUUUUUAAAUACAAAGAAUAUUUAUAUAUAUAUUUACAUUUAAAAAAAACAGAAGACUGAUCAAUCGCAUAAAUCACAAACAAGCUUUAGAAGGAAUUGAAUACUAAGGAAAUUACAUUCCACCCAUAAGUAAUAUUGUUUUUAGAAAUGAAUACUACUACUAAAUAGAGAGUGCCUUUUUUAGUACGUUUUAUAUAAUAUACACCAAUUAUUUUUGUAGAUUCACAUUCCUCAAUGUAUCUUAUUUUUGUUGUUUUAUAUACAAUUAUUGUUAUAGCCUAAACCAAACAAUUUCUCUAUUGUUUUCUCUCACCUUAUUUUUCUUGUACUUAAAUUAUUUCAAAUAAUU